UCACUUUUUCCAUUCGGAGUGAAUUCACUCGGCAGCUGGUCCCUGGCAGUGACUUUCAUUCUGAGCUUCAGUCCAAGCACCUCCGUUCCACUGAACAUAGUGAUGCCAGGGCAGCCGGGCUCAGUGAUGGAGGUUCCACUGCUCGUCUUCUGCUGCUCCAUGGCCAUCUCCUCAGUUAUCUCUGCGGCUAUCGAAUCUGAAACUGAGCAUAAAGAAGAGGAAAAACGAGACCCUUUUCAUUACGAUUACCGCACUCUCCGGAUUGGGGGGCUUGUGUUUGCUGGGGUUCUCUUUAUCCUGGGGAUCCUUAUCAUUCUGAGCCGAAAAUGUCGCUGUAAGUUCAACCAGCAUCAAAGGACAGGGGAGCCACUUGAAGAAGAGGGAACCCUCCGGGCAUCAAUAAGACGGAUGUCUAGCAGGAGGCUAUAGGCUGGUGUCUGUGAGUACAUGUUGUACGGUGUGGCCCCUGCUUGGAACCUUGACACAGGUUAAUCGUGACCCCACCCCAGCGCAACUCUCUCACUCGCAGAGGGACAACAGGAAGAUCCUACAGCCAAUUGCACCAAAGUAUCCAGCGUCCCGACAGCCAAAGUCAUAACGUUACUUUAUAUAUAAAUAUAUAUAUAUUUUUUUGUAUUCAAACAACCCAAGCUGAAAGAGCAUUCACGUGCCUUAUCUGUGCCCAGAGCCCAUAACUGCCCAAUGGCCGCUACCUGCUAGUAAGUACUAAACUACACUUCAAAUAUAUAUAUAUAUUAUUAUAUAAUGUUUGGUUUUACCAUAGUCAUUUAGUAGCCAAGGGGCCCACUCAGAAGCCGCCACGGAUUUGUUUGUUUUGGUCACUUCUUGUCACUUUUUUGCAGGAUCUCACAGACCAUAAAGGGGGCGGGAUCAUUACAUAAAAUGGGUGUGGCUUGGGUCAAGUGGGCGUUAUAUUGGGCGGUCUAAUUCCCCACAAAAAUUCCCUUUUUCCGAUCACAUUGGUGCACUUUUGUUACACUAUUUCUUUUUUUUAUUAUGUUGAAAUAUAAUGUAAAUAAUAACCAAUGAAAUCGAUUCAUAUCAGUUUGAGAUAAUAUAUAAAUAUGACAAAAGGUAUUAUGAGUUUAUGUUAGUCCUGUGGCCCCCGGGCAGUGCCCCAAUCACCUAUCACCACUGAAUUAUGGGAAAUACUCUGACAAAUGGGCACUACCCAGAACCCCUUGGCUUCGCUGAGGGGGUUAAAGACCCUUAUAUUGCCGUUUAUUAUACGUUAACGCCAAGGAAAAACGUGCAUUGUCACUUUAAAUACCGGUAUAAAUCUGAUUGAUGCCUUAAUGACUAACAUUAACCCAACCUGUAGCGCCUUACAUUAAAUAUUUGUAAUACUUUUCA